AUGGAAGAAUUGCCAGACCAUUUAAUUUGGGACAUUCUCAGAAAGCUUCAUCAAACCAAUGACAGAAACUCUGUUUCAUUGUCCUGCCGUCGAUUCUACUCGCUGGACAAGGAGCAAAGAAACUCUCUCCGUGUUGGAUGUGGUUUAGUUCCUGCAACCGAUGCCUUGCUUACUCUCUGCAGGAGGUUUCCGAAUCUGACCAAAGUAGAGAUCAUGUACUCUGGUUGGAUGUCAAAACUUGGCAAACAACUUGACGAUCAGGGCCUUCUUCUCCUCUCCACCAACUGCCAUUCUCUCACUGAUCUCACUCUUAGCUACUGCACUUUCAUCACCGAUGUCGGCAUUCGACAUUUGUCCUCGUCUUCGGAGCUUUCUUCUCUUAAGUUAAAUUUCGCUCCAAGAAUCACCGGUUGUGGGCUAUUGUCACUUGCCGUAGGAUGCAAGAAACUCAGGACACUUCAUCUCAUUCGAUGCCUAAACGUGGCGAGCGUCGAGUGGUUGGAGUAUUUCGGGAAGCUUGGGAUUUUAGAAGAGCUCUGCAUCAAGCACUGCAGAGCGAUUGGGGAGCGUGACUUAAUUAAGCUCGGGAAUAGCUGGCGGAAGCUUCGGAGUCUGCAGUUCGAGGUUGACGCCAAUUACAGGUACAUGAAGGUUUAUGAUCAGUUAGCUGUGGAACGGUGGCCGAAACAGUUGGUUCCUUGUGACAAUCUUGUAGAGCUAAGCCUUGGGAAUUGCAUCAUAGCUCCUGGUAGAGGGCUCGCUUGUAUGCUGAGCAAAUGCAUGAACUUAGAGAAGCUUCAUCUUGACAUGUGCACCGGUGUCAGCGACUCGGACAUCGUAGCUUUGGUCAAGAAAGCUAAACACCUUAGAACCAUCACACUCCGUUUGCCAUCUGAUUUCACUCUGCCUCUCUUAAACAGCAUCACCUUCAGAUUAACCGACGAGAGCCUCGGUGCCAUAGCUCAACACUGCUCAAGUCUGGAGUCUUUCAAGAUCUCCUUCUCGGACGGGGAGUUUCCUUCGCUCUUCUCUUUCACCUUACAGGGGAUAAUCACACUGAUCCAGAAUUGCCCAAUACGCGAGCUUUCUCUCGACCAUGUGUGUUGUUUCGACGACUCUGGCAUGGAGGCUCUGUGUUCGGCUCAGAAUCUAGAGAUGUUGGAGCUUGUCCAAUGCCAGGAAGUGAGCGACGAGGGCUUGAUUCUGGUGAGUCAGUUUCCUUCCCUCACAGGACUGAAACUAUCCAAGUGUUUGGGAGUCACAGACAAUGGAUUGAGACCGCUUGUUGGGUCUCAGAAGCUUGACUUGCUUGUGGUUGAAGAUUGUCCUCAAGUUUCAAGAAGAGGUGUUUAUUGUGCUGCAACGUCUGUAUCUUUCAGGCAAGACUUGUCAUGGAUGUAUUGA